GCUGUUCGUAGAAAACUUCAGGCUCCCUGAAGUACUGUCCUCGUUCGUCGUGCUCGUUGUGUAAUCUGAUUGCUCGUUUACGCCAUGAAGUUCUUGACUGUUGUUACAUUGGCCGUGUUUACCACUUGUGUAAUCGAUGGAUUCCUAGUCAAAAAACUUAAAGAAAAAAAAGAAGACCAAAAGGCCAAGAAGCUUAGCAUACAGCCAGUGAUCAUGCCGCUGAUCGUCGACCACCAUGCACCCGUGUAUGUGCCCCCUCCGCCCAUACCAGCACCCGUUGUGGUCGCACAGCCGCCCGCACGAGUGAUCGUAGCUCCUCAGCCUCCUGCUCCCAUCGUGAUCAACCGCCCACCCGUCGCGCCCUUUGUUCACGCACCGGUCGUAGCUCCACCCGUAGUUGCACCGGUGGGAGCUUUGCCACCUGUACCACUUGCUCACCCCGCAGCAGCACCUGCAUUAAUUUUGCCCCAUGGCCCAAAAUUGGGAUAAUCUUGUCGCCAUAUAGUGGCAUGUAUUAAUCAAAGUUCAAUCAAGAAAUAGAUUGCCCGGAUAUCCACAUCUAUGACCAUUUGUCCGUUGGCAACGCUUGACCUCUAGUUAGCAGUAAACUAGUUUCCGCCAAUUUCGCCUAGUCCGUACGCCUAGCUGCAUCGAUAUUAUGGUUUACCCUUCUAUGAAAUAGACUGUGCCAUAUGUUGACAUUCGGUAGCGUUCUGCGUAAAAGAUAUAGCAGGAAGUACUGUUUACGUGUAUCUAGUCCUCAGUCUCUUAUUUGUCUGUACAUUGCUGUAUAUAUGUUACAUGUCACUUUAAAUAGCGUUUUUAGAUGUUCGUGCCGUACAUAAAAAACCGAAAAAAUCUGUGCUUGUGAUCUAUAUAUCAAUAGCCCAUGAGAACUUGUGAGUUUGUAUAAAUAAAUCCUGUGUCAUCGAUUAGCCCAGUGGUUUUGGUUUAGCUCGCUAAGCGUGUGUAAAAGGUUUCUCAGAAACAGAGUCGAAUUAUUAUUAAAUGGCAUAUUUACGUUACAAGAGCUAUAAUGGAGCACAUUUAAUAUAUAUACGUACAGAGAGAGAGAGGAGAGAGAACUUUGCUAUGAGAGGCUUCAGAAUCGAGCAGGUGUUCUAUUAAACCUAAAUGGCUUCUAUAUUGGGUCCGUUAUCUUUUUUUUAAUGAAAGUCCUUAUUUAUUUAUUAAAGUGUACAGUGUAAUAGCCGACAUGAUAAUCCACCACGGUUUUGCGCCGUAUAAUGGUACAGACGUGUUGAACUUAUCACUCAGAUGGUUUAAAAUAACUUUUCUAUAUUUCAUUAUAUGUAUUUGAAUAAAUAUGUAAAUCUUUUUUUGCCAAAGAUGUAUUUUUGCCUUCGAACAAACUAAGAGAGUUGAUGCUCAGUGUUUAAACUAUAGAAAAGAGAAGGUUUUUGCUACAGCACUUUGAACGGGCAGGGAUUGUUCGUCGACAAAGGAUAGGACUAACCUCAAGGCUUUACCUAAUUAUGUUUGAUUAUAAAACAACGUCUAUAUAUAGGACAUAAUUUAAUCGAAAACGGACAAUACAGCAUACUCAGCAUUUUCUCCGUGAUAAUAAUUUAAACGAUGUGAAUCAAUGUAUUUUUGUAUAUAAUAUAGUAAAACCUGACCAACGACAUCUAUCCCUUUGAUUUUUUUUUCUGUUCAGACAACCGGCCCUCUUUCGCCCCCUUGUAGUAAUGCUUAAAGGAACCGUCUGUACACGACGUUCUAUGGCAGGCAAUCUGGAAAGAGAGAUUAAAAGAAGAAAUGACAAUAUUUACCGCUUUUUGGCUCGAUUACACGGGUUUUUAGACGCCCGAAUUCGAACCUAGAAUAACUUUGUGUGCCCCCGGUCAGAAGGCAGCCGAGUUACUAUUGCAUCAUCCUGGGGGACAUGCUCAAGUAUAUGCCUAUUGUAGCGAAUGCAAAUAAUGCGCCAUUUGUGAAGAUCUUGUCGAUAAAUAAAUUCGAUUUAUUUAAAAAAUACAGCUUAUCAUCUCAUAAUUAGAUCAUUCAUAGGUUUUUCGUCACAAAAAGCAUCUGUACUGCACGAAAAAAUAUCCGAAUAUAUAAAUUAAACACUUUAGAGUGAAAUUAUGUUUUUAUCUUUCAUUAAGGAAAAGUUAAAUAUCAUGUACAGAUCAGUAACGUUUCACAAUUUCAUAAUUUAGUUACUCUUGAUUUAAUCAUAUGCGUCACAAAGUCAUAGGAGAGAACAAGAUCUUGUCAAGGAAUGACAAGGAACUUAUGUACAAUCGACAAAUGCGCUGAGUAUGAUAAUUUUUUAUAAUAUUUUAUGUUGACAACACAUAAAUGCUACACAAUUUUCCAAUGCGAUCAUUGGUUUAUAUCCGUGUGUGUUAUAUAUAUAUAUAUAUAUAACAGAUCACUAGAACUUCUCGCGUAGUUUUUUUCACAAAGGCAGCAUUUAAUAGAUAAAUAGAUAUUAUCAAUGAGGGCAUGGUGUUCCGGCAGGUUUUUGUAAAUGAUUCCAGGUUACCUAAAAAUGACUAAAAUGUGCAACAACUCUUUUCUAUGCUAUAAUACUAUUCUAUGUCAAUUAUUUCAUUUUCAAUUCCGAAGUAUAACGACUCACGACAAAAGCCACGUCACGUUCGUAAUUCGUAAGAAACGUCUCAUUUACAUAGGGAUUGUAAGGAAGAUGCUCCAAUGGCCUUAAAGCUGUCCUAGUUCGUGGAAGCCAAUGUGUCGACCCAUGUCAAAUUCGUCUAUGUGGUGAGGCCUAUCAUACACAACGACCGUGCUCUUUUCGAUCGGGGCGAGUUGCGGCACCAUAGGCGAACCCAAUACAGGCAUUGGCAUCAUGACCAUCAUUGGCUUCUUUUCAGAUUUCUUCGAUUGAAGCGCUUCGUACAGGACAAAAUCGACAGCAGCCUUCUUAGCCUUCUUCAGUAGAAAUGCGUGCGAUAAAUCGGACAAAAUCACUGUAGACAAAACCAGUCCGGCUAAAAGCAGUGACAUCUUGGCCUGUGAACUGCGGCAGAUUCGAUGCUCUCUAGAGUUGAAAAACAUUUUUUUUUUGGAGUCUGAUGCUAUGGGCUGAAUUACUCGCGA